UCCUACUUUUUCCAAAAGUUAUUGGGUGAAAAAAAAAAAAACGAAAGAUGGGUUCUCAAUUUUUCAAGAGUUUGCUCCGUGUCGAGAAAAAGACUCCCAUUAAGGAUUUUGAAGAAGAAAUAACGCCUAAUGCUGUUGCUUGCUGUCUUGGUGGUGCCGCUAUAUAUUACUUGUUGAGGAGUUGGAAGUGUAAAAGGCAAGCUCAGAUUCUGAACCGUGCUGUCCGCGUGGAAGAGCUUCAAGAUUUGGAGGAUUUGAUUGGUAACAACAAUACAUCGGGUCUCCUUGUUGCUGUAUGCGGAAAAGUCGGAUCAAAUGCAGCUUUCAUGUGUAAUCGCAGUGGCCUUUUGGCUGUCUCUCUCACUGAAAAGGCCAAACUUGUUUUUCCUACAGAGGAUGAACUUGGUUUCUUGGAUAUGGAUUACGAAGAGAUUCUUUUAAGCCAUAAGACUGUGACUGUCCCUUGGUUUCUGGAAGACCACACUGGCCGUGUUAAUGUAGUUGGGUUUUAUGGUACUUUUAGAAGAAAUGUGUUUGCUGAACCUAUGAAUGAACUUUGCAAAGAAGUUGAGAUUGUUACACACAUUUGCUCCGAGGAUGUUCUUGAGAUCGGUAGGCCCUUGAGUAUUGUCGCUAAGGUUGCUUUCAGAGGCGAAGAUGGGUCUCCCACAAUCAAAGCACUACCCUCUCUGGUCUUCGAUGGAUAUAUAUGUGUUGACAAAGAAGUUUACAACCUGCAAUCACAGUCAGGGUCUUGUAUGCAUAUCGCCUUUUUCUUAGCAAUUAUUGGUGUGUUACUCUGUGAGAAAUGAAAAUGCCGCUAGAUAUCAACGAGUAAAAAGUUCACUGAGUUUGUCUCUGAUAUUAGUAGAUGUUUAUCCCCCAUAGUUAGAAAUGGUAGAAUGAGUAGUUGUGACAGACAAAAAGACUUCUCAAACUCUGUCUUAUGGUGUGUUUUGAAACUUAUCUGUUCAACAAAAUUGGUUCUAUUGAUUAACCAACCA